AAGAAGAGGACAGAGAGAGGGAGAGAGAGAGAGAGAGAGAGAGGAGAGGAGAGGGGGCAGUGAUGGCAGCGAAGAAGGCGUGCGGGGAUGCGCCCAAGAGGAGUCGGAGUCCGAUGGUCCUGGAGGCGGAGAUGUUUGCCGAAUUUCAGGACUGGUGCCUCCGAACUUACGGAGAUUCCGGGAAAACAAAGACGGUGACCCGAAGGAAAUAUAACAAGAUCAUGCAGACCCUGUUGCAGAGCGACGAGUCUGACGGCGUGUACGUGGACAACAGCCACAUCAACGCCAAAUUCAAGUUCUGGGUCAAGUCAAAAGGCUUCACGGUCGGAACCAACGUCCUGGGAGAGCACAACAAGAGAGGCGGUCCCGGGAAGCCGGUGCUGUACGUUCCGGUCAAGUCAACGGGCGCGGACGGAGGUUCCGGCGGCGACUCAUCUUUGAAACGAGUGGCAGUGGUUGAAGACUUUUUCGACAUCAUCUAUGCCAUGCACGUGGAGAUGGGCUCGGACCCCGGCCGGGCCCCGAAACACGCCGGCCAGAAAAAAACCUACAAAGCGAUUGCCGAGACGUAUGCCUUCCUGCCCCGAGAGGCUGUGACCCGCUUUCUCAUGAGCUGUGGGGAGUGUCAGAAGAGGAUGCACAUCAGCCCCAGCACGCAGGAGUUCAAAGAGAACGACAGGCCCACCUCGCUGGUCGCUGACAUCAUCGACUACAACAUGCCGCUGACCGCCACCUACCUGAAGCAGAUGAAACUGCAGUGCAUGACAGCCACAGAGAGGGAUGACAGCUCUAUAAGCAGCGAGGAGGUGAACAACAGCGAGACGGCGUGGGCUCCAGCCAGGCCUCCUGCUGCACCCACCGCCCCAGAACCGUGCCCCCAGAACGGAGACAGCGAGGGUCCGGCUGUGAAAGACGAAGACGACGAGGACUUGUCUGAGAGCAGCAGCACCAACGGACAGGUGGGCGUGGCAGCCAAUGCUGCGGAGGACACCGCGCCUCUCACGACCUCCCCAGCUGUCACGACCCCUUCAGAGGCAGUGGUGCCUUCUGGUCAGGUGACAGAAAAUGGGGUGAGCACUCCACUGGACUUCAGCAGCACCUGGUCCUCGUCUUCCUCGGACGACCAGCAGCCCGUCAACCUGAUGCAUUCUGGGAGCUUGUCGCCUCAAGCCGUCGACCCCGGCAGGAGACUGGGCAAGUCGCCGCCUCACAGCACAGGGAGCUACGAUUCUAUGAAGAUGGAGCUGAGCAUCGGCGGCGAGGACGGCGCCUCUGACAAAACUCUGAUAGUGGACGACGAUGACGACGACCAUGACGACCACGAUGACAGUGACAAGAUCAUCGACGUUGAGGGCGCUGAUCCUGAGAGACUGAAGGCUUUCAACAUGUUCGUGCGCCUCUUUGUGGACGAGAAUCUGGACCGAAUGGUUCCGAUCUCCAAGCAGCCAAAGGAAAAAAUCCAGGCCAUCAUGGAGUCAUGUGGUCGUCAGUUCCCGGAAUUCCAGGAGCGCUCCCGCAAGCGCAUCCGCACCUACCUCAAGUCCUGCCGCCGCAUGAAGAAGGGCGGCUUUGAGAUUCGACCCACACCCCCCCACCUCACCUCAGCCAUGGCCGAGAACAUUCUGGCCGCCGCCUGCGAAAGUGAAACUCGUAAUGCUGCAAAGAGGAUGCGCCUGGACGUCUCCCCGCCCACGGACGAGUCCACCGACACCCCGACCUCCCGGGACCCUGCCCCUGUGACACCCACCGCCUUUGCCAUCUCCAGCGCAGCGUUUGCGUCUGAGCAGCUCUACACCAACGGAGGCCUCAGCUACACCCUGCGUGGCUACACGGCAGUUGCCGGGGGCAACCAGCAAAACAAUAACGCACAAAGCAACGGUCCCACCGAUCUCAGCAUGAAGUCCACCAGUCCCAACUCUGCCUCAAGCUCCAACAAUCACGGGCAGGGAGGCGGCGGGGGCGGAGCCUCGGCACAGCUCAGCCCUCCUGAGGUGACGGCGGUGAGGCAGCUCAUCGCCGGCUACCGAGAGUCCGCUGCCUUCUUGCUGCGCUCGGCCGACGAGCUGGAGAAUCUGAUCCUGCACCAGAACUGAAGCAGCACCCCCUACUGUUCUUGCACAUUGGUGGGCGGGGUCUGGCCGGGUGGACCACGCCCUCACAGACCCUCCCGCUCGCUCGGACAUCUCAUUGAUGCAUGUGGUUCACUUUGACCUCUAGUGCCCCGUCAGCUGUAGCCUUCGUCUCAGGAAGUGAACCAGUCAUGUGGUCGAGUCACGUGAUCGUGUCAUGUGACCACCUCGUGUGAUUGAGUCAUGUAAUUGAGUGUUUCACGCCGUUAGCGUUCGCAGGAUUUUAUUUUAUUUUUUGUUCAUUUGUAGCGUAACUUCCUGGAGGGAACAAUCACGGCUCGGACGUCAGCAUUUUCUCGCUCGUGUGUGCAAAGCUACCUGAAACGCAUCGCUCACUUUCACAAGCCCCCCUCUCUCACUGGCCACCUCCGGCCCAACUCUCCCCGGCGCUGAAGCACAGCUGCUGCACAGGUGGGUGCGAACACGGCGGCCAUAUUUGGUGUUCAGCUGAAGCUCAAACAAGCUCAGCUGAGUUGGUCCACUGAGCAGAGAAGCACAAGGUCCUCAGCAGAAGCGCGGAAAUUGAAACUGUUGCUUUGUUAAAGGUGCAAUAUGAGAGAUUAUUUGAGCCGCAGUGUAGCUUAUUGAUGAGUCAUUCCAGCUGUUUAAGAUGAUGAAAGUGUGAUGAUCCGCUCCCUGUCAAUCAUUGGCAACAUUAACUGUUGCAUUUUUCCCCCCCUUUUUGUUAGCUGCAGUCUGCAACUUGACCACUAGAGGCCUCUGAAGUCUUCGGACUGUUCCUUUCCGGUGAAGGUUAAAAAGUACAUUUUUUUCAUUCGACGAAACAUCUCGACCGCGAUGGUGCAGCAGAACGGGAAGUUGAAGGUGCAGACACGCCUCUUCCUGCUUGUUUCUGUUGCCCUGGCGACCCUCAGUAUUUUUUGGCUGCAGUGAAUUCAUGUUUGUACAGAGUGUUUCUGUUUCUGUGAUGCACAAUGUUUGAAUAUCAAAGUGGUUUCUGAUGUUUGAUCUGUGACUUCUAUCGUUCGCUUCAAUGUCGCAUCUCCUCACCUGCCGGCUCACCGCCACCGGUUCCCGCCGCCUGUCCUCCGCCGCUGCGUCACGGCUGGCUCAUGAAGCAGCGACGGUGAAGGGGUCGUGGCAGUUCAAGCCGGCCGGUGCCGGCCCGGCGGUGGAGUCCAGCCGCUGUUGGGACGCGUAAGCUCGUACUGUAUCUCCCGUGUGAAGUAUUUCCUCUCAGUGAAAGUGUGUGAUGUUUACAUGUACAGUUUUUAAGACGUUUAAUUUCUGCGCCUGUAGAAUAUUUUUAUCGUUCUUCACCGCAACCUCACUGGUCACACGGUCAUGGACAGUCCGACCGACCUACGAUCUCAUGAAGCCAUCCCCUCCCCCGCCGGGCUCUUGGGCGGACCACUAACCUCAGGAACACGUGACUGAACGUUACUGAUCGUUGUUAUUGAAAGGUCUGUGAUUGAUUAUCGGAGUGUUUAUACGUUUGAAUAUUUAUUAUAUUAUUAUUGUGGGAAAAAAGUUUCUGAUGUUUGUGAAGCAUUUUUAAGUGUUAAUAAAAGCUCAACAUUCAGAUGUCAAGCAAGCCUCUGACCAUGACCCCCUUUGCCAGUGUAGUCACU